AUGGUGAUUGAGGAUAACGAAAGCUGUGGGAGUAGGGUGGCGGAGACUUCGGCCGGGAAGAGCCGGCAGCAGCGGAAGAAGGUGGAGGUUUACAACGAGGUUUUGCGGCGGCUGAAGGAGGCCGAGCAUCCGGAGGCGCAGGAGCCGUCUUUCGACGAUCAGCUUUGGGCCCAUUUCAAUCGCCUUCCUGCCAGGUAUGCAAUGGAUGUGAAUGUUGAGAGGGCUGAAGAUGUUCUUACCCACAAACGGUUACUGCAUCUGGCACGUGAUCCUGCUAUUAGACCAGCUUUUGAAGUUCGAUUAGUGCAGGUGGUACCAGUCCUUGAUGGGAAUUCAGAAGAUUCUGUGCACUCACGCCCGCCAAGAAAAGGGAGCAUCCAUCCACCACCCGCCUUUGGUUCUUCACCUAACGUUGAAGCUCUAAUACUUGAAGCCAACAAAUCCGAAGCUCAGGAUGUGGACAGCGCCACAGACGCUGGUGCCAAGUCUGCUAGGCCCAUGCAUGAGAUUACAUUUUCAACUGAUGACAAGCCAAAGCUCCUCAGUCAGUUGACUUCUUUGUUAGCUGAAGUUGGGCUGAAUAUACAGGAAGCACAUGCCUUUUCCACUAUGGAUGGCUAUUCUCUAGAUGUCUUUGUUGUUGAUGGGUGGCCAUUUGAGGAGGUUGAGCAACUUCGGAAUGCUCUGGAGAAGGAAGUUUUGAAGUUUGAGAAACAAUCUUGGCCAAGUUCAAAUUCUUUGCCCCCUCUUAAUGAACCUGAGCAGAGAGAGGUUAAAUGUGAAUUGGAUCAUCUGAAAAUUCCCAAUGAUGGUGCUGAUGUUUGGGAAAUUGAUCCUCAAUUCUUGAAAUUUGAAUCGAAAGUAGCAUCCGGAUCUUAUGGUGACCUAUAUAAAGGUAAUUAUCACAGUCAGGAAGUAGCAAUUAAAAUUCUCAAGACAGAGCGUUUGAAUAUGGAACUGCAGAAGGAAUUUGCCCAAGAAGUAUAUAUAAUGAGGAAAGUUCGUCACAAAAAUGUCGUGCAGUUCAUAGGGGCAUGCACCAGACCUCCUAACUUGUGUAUAGUAACAGAAUACAUGUCUGGAGGGAGUGUUUAUGACUAUCUUCACAAGCAGAGGGGUAUCUUUAAGCUUCCAGCCUUGCUCAAAGUAGCAAUUGAUAUAUCAAAAGGCAUGAACUACUUACAUCAAAACAAUAUAAUUCACAGGGAUUUGAAGGCUGCAAAUCUUUUAAUUGAUGAAAAUGAAGUUGUAAAGGUUGCUGAUUUUGGGGUGGCUAGAGUAAAAGCACAAACAGGCGUGAUGACAGCAGAAACUGGAACAUAUAGGUGGAUGGCCCCUGAGGUAUGA